AAGCGAUGUUUGGGAUCGGUAUCAACUUGGACGAGGAGAAGAAGAAGACCGAUGCGUGGUUGCUCAAAGGUAGUCAGGGGAAGGACCCGGUAGAUUCGAAGUUGGAGGAAUUACGCGAACGGUUCGGCCUGACUGUGUUCAAGGCGAAUAGGGCAAAGAACGCGUUGAAGAGGCUUUGCCGGCCCUUCGGCAACAAGAAUCCAGAUGAGGAUUUCGCGCCGGUUUUGCUCUGCCACGCUCAGCUGUACGUCUUCGGAGACAAAUAUGACAUCAAAAACCUCCGCUGGUUGGCCCUUGAGAAACUGCGGGCGACGCUCGUGUCCUUCCAGCUGCACGAACAGCGCGUUCAAGAUGUUGUGCAGUUAGUCCGAUACGCCUAUGGGAACACGGCAGCGUGUCCGAUGGAGCCGUUGCGGGACAUGCUGGCGCAGUACUUAGCAGGGAGGAUCAAGGUCAUUGGCUCGAAUGAAGCCUUCCAUGUGCUACUAAAAGAAGGGGGCGAAUUCGUCACAGACUUUUGGGGACAGAUACUUGCCCAGGUACUCUCGUGAUUAGGUGGAUAAACUCUCAUUCCCAGAUGGGUUGGUUACUACGGAUUUGGCUUGCUCUAGUUCGGUGUCUGGCAGCUAUGGAUAUUAUUCACCCUCAUUUUCGGCACGGAUGUUAGAUCGUGGUAGACGGUUAACGGGGCAUGCCAAAGUCAGGUUUUAAUUUUGCAGAGGAACUUACAUCUCCGGGACAUUCCAUUCCUUC